AUAGGAGGAGGAGAGAGAGAGAGGGGAAGAGAUCGGAGUGCCGCCGUGAAAAUUGAAAUCGAUUGCUCUGAGAGAGAUAGAGAGAAUCAAGCGUCCCCUUUUCCAGUCGGUGGUCGACGGCGGUGGCGGCGGUUACGGCGAUAUAAAAUCCAAACACGGAGAUCAACGCGAAGCUUGUUCAAGUCGGAGGUGGAAGACGCGGCUUUGCAUUGGUCGUGUUUCUGUUUUCUCGUCGAUCUCUGCAUAUUCUCAGCUCAGGGAAGGGCUCAGUUGGUAGAGAUGUCGUUCAAGAGCACUGUGAGGGAGAUGAGAAAUGGGAUAGGGAGUGCAUCAAGGAGAGGGUUUGAUGGAAAGCAUUGGAGAAGUAGGACACUAUCACAUAUAGCCCCUGUUGCUGUCCAAUCGGAACCAAUUGAGCAAGGGCAAUGGGCAAAUCUACCACCCGAAUUGCUUCUGGAUAUAAUCCGUAGAGUUGAAAUGAGCGAGACGUCAUGGCCUGCACGGGCUGUUGUCCUCUUUUGUGCAUCUGUUUGCAAGUCUUGGAGACAAAUCACUAAGGAGAUUGUCAAGACUCUUGAGGAAUGUGGGAGGAUAACAUUUCCCAUUUCACUGAAACAGCCGGGACAACGUGAAUACCCAAUCCAGUGCUUUAUCAAGAGAGAUCGAGCCACUUCAAUCUAUCGCCUCUACCUUGGUAUGACUCCGUCUGAGGAUGGGAGCGAUAAAUUGUUGCUGGUGGCAAAAAAGAUGAGAAGGGCAAUGCGUACAGAUUUCGUGAUAUCAUUGGUUGCAGAUGAUUUUUCACGAGCAAGCCAUACAUACGUUGGGAAGCUGAGGUCCAAUUUUCUUCGCACCAAGUUCACAAUGUAUGACAGCCAACCUCCAAACGAUGACGCCGUUCAUCAAAACAGCCAAGUGAGCCGGAGAUUCAAUGCCAAACAAGUAUCUCCCACGCUGUCUGCAUGUAACUACAGCGUCGCCACAUUGUCCUAUGAUCUCAAUGUCCUUCGCACCAGAGGCCCACGGAGAAUGCAAUGCGUCAUGCAAACCAUCCCCCUCUCUUCUAUCGAGGAUGGGGGAGCGGCCCCCACACCAACAGAAUUCCCGCAGUGCUCCGACGCGAAAGAGUGGGUCCCGCCUCCCCAAGAGCCGCUCACCCUGAAAAACAAGGCCCCCAGGUGGCAUGAGCAGUUGCAGUGCUGGUGCCUGAACUUCAGAGGGAGAGUCACUGUGGCUUCUGUUAAAAACUUUCAGCUUGUGGCAGCAAUUGACCCUUCCAGUAACAGUAACAUUCCGGCGGAAGAACAAGAGAAGGUAAUUUUGCAAUUUGGGAAGGUGGGGAAGGAUAUUUUUACCAUGGAUUACUGUUACCCCCUUUCUGCUUUCCAGGCUUUUGCCAUCUGUUUGAGCAGCUUUGACACCAAGAUAGCAUGUGAAUGAGAUAUCUUAUAUGUAAACUGU